GAGAUUGUUGGCUCAUUGCUCAAAAGCAGUCACUGUUGGCUCAUUGAAAGAGAAAAUUGAAUCUGGCAUCUUUCCCACUCCACCUUCGCUGGGACGUUGUAAGUUCGAUCUGCGUGAGAAAAUAACAACUUGUUCAUGGCUCAGUAUUGUCUACACUGACUGGCAGCAGCGGUUCUCCAGGAUUUCAGAGAGCUUCUCUCCCAGCCAUACACGAGGAUGCCGGGGAUUGAAGGAACUGAGGAAAUUGGCUUCCAGUCAUCCAAACCUUGUGAUGGUGAAGUUGGAUGCUACAAAUCUUGCGAGCAUUACGGAAGCUGCAGCAUUUGUUGGGGACCACCUGAAAGACACAGGGCUGAAUGUGCUAAUAAACAAUGCUGGCAUUUUGAAAGGCAUGACGCUAGACACUGUGAGCGAGGAAGACAUGGAAGAUGUAUACAAGACAAAUGUGACUGGGCCAUUGCUAGUGAGCAAGGCUUUUCUGCCUCUGUUAAGGAAGGCAGCCCAAGGAAGUUCGCAGAAAGGGCUGAGCUGCAGCAAGGCAGCUAUUGUCAACAUCUCCUCUCUAUUAGGCUGUAUUGAGUUAGUCCCCGCAACCUAUUCCAAGCCUGUAAUUGCCUACCGCUGCAGCAAGGCUGCUCUCAACAUGCUGACAAAGUGCCAGUCUCUGACUUACAAAGAGGAUGGGAUUUUGUGUACUGCAGUUCACCCAGGGUGGGUGAAGACAGACAUGGGCACCCAAGAGGCUGUCAUGACUGUCGAUGAGAGCGUGCGAGGGAUUCUCCAGGUGCUUCCUAACCUCGUUGAUGAGCACAAUGGCACUUUAGUUGACUGGAAGGGCAAGAAACUACCUUGGUGAAUGUACUGAGUCUCUAGUAGAAACUGCUCUGCCCUCAUGAGUAUGGUUCCCUCCAUAGGUGAGUGGGAACUAGUGGGAACAUAGUCGUGCCUAUGUAUCUGCUAUGCUGAAUUGUGGAUAUUUGUUCACAAAUAAAUACAACUAUUGAAGUUC